AAUCACAACAGUUAUUACAAAAUAGAAAUUGUCAGGGCGAAUAGCAAUAAAACGAGUAUACCAAUUAAAAAUUUGUUUUUAACAGCGAUGUUACAAUUUAAAAAGACCAUCUAAAUAAGCUAGAAAUAUGGAAACAGAAGAAAGGAAUAAUAUUUUAAAGUUAGAUGAAAGAGUAGAGGCAGAAACUGAGGAACAGAGCUCUACCUCCAUAACUCUAAAAGUGAAUGUCUCUAAGACUGCCCUGGAGAAUGAUGAAUAUUCUGAAGUAGAUAAACUCAAAGAUUUUAUCAGUAAAAAUUUAAAAGGAUGUGAUGUAGCUAUUUGUGUUGUUGCGGCAGCUUUAAAUUCCUUUAGAAGUGAUCAGCUCUUAAGACCUUUUCCUCAGUCAUUUAUUAAUGAUAAAAAUGAAAAGGAUUUUGGUGCACUUAAAAAAGCCUGUGAUAAAAUACCAUUGCUCUCAGAGUUCAUAACUCUUCCUUCAAAAACCAUUCCCAAAGAUGUUUCAAAUCUUUUAACUUGGAUAUUCUUUGAAUCAGGGUUGCCUAUGCUAAAACUUAAUUCUUUAAAAAGCCUGCCAUUGUCUGUAGUAAAUGAGAAAGCCAGUAUAAAUGAACUACCCCAGUAUGUAUUUGAGGUUUCAUACAACAAGAAGUUUGAAGAAAGUUGGAAAACCCGAAUUGGCCAAAGAGGUAUUUUUUAUGCAUUUCAUGGCAGCUCUGUAACCAAUUUUUAUUCCAUUUUGAAAUUUGGGCUACAACAGAAUUUUAAUAGAGGAAAGGAAGUAAUAUUUGGUAAUGGAAUAUACUUGUCAAAUGAAAUAUCAGUCUGCACUAAUUACUCUCCAUUUGGAGAAACUUGGGGCAAUAGUACAUUAGGCAGUAAGCAUAGCAUUAUUGCAGUAUGUGAAGUCAUAAAUGAUGUGGAGGAUGUCAAAUGCAAAGAUGUCAAGAAUAAAAGGAGAGCAAUCAAUCAGAAUAGUUAUGGUGAAAUUCCCGAAAACUACUUUGUGGUAACAAAUAGUGAGUUAGUGAAAGUCAAGUAUUUACUAGUCUAUAGAUUCAAUAGUCCGUCAAUUGUAAGAUCAAUUAUAAGAAAACAUCUUUGGUGGAUUUUAAUUAUCUUAUACAUCAUUAUGCUAAUAUUUAUUGGUAUGUCCAAUAGUCCUUCGUACCGGAGGUUUAUGAGGUAUUUACGUUCUUUCCUAGAGUAACUACUAUAUUAAUAUACAGUUGGCGAUUUGUAAAUGUAUUUUGUUAUAUUUAUAAAUUUAGAUUAAUUGUUGUGGAUAAUUUAAAACAAAAACAUGUAUAAGGAAUACAUUAUAUAUCAAAUA